AUGUGUGCGGAUGACGUCAAUCGUUCGAGAGGGAUAGCCGGAACGCAUCCCAAUGAUGUCAUUCUUUCUGAACGUGCACAUUUGGACGUGUUUGCCUCAGAUAACCGGAAGACAGGCCAUCGGAGUUUCAACGUACUUGCUCAAGUGCUCGAACGUCCACCUCGACCCGGACAAGCGGUCGUUGAUCUUGGUGAAGAGGCUGAAUCUGCACAAGGGAUUGUCGAUCUUGGUGCCGAAGAAGCGAGAACGACUGCAGGAGGAGGAGGGGGAGGGGGCGCGGAACUAGUAUACGCUCCGGCGCGUAAGGCGGAUUUGAUCUCGCGGGCGAGGUGGGAUUUGUUGGGUGAUAAUGUGUAUUGA